AUGGAUCUGCUCACUAGUGACAUUGAUCAGAGUUACAACUAUGUAAUUCGAAAUGGUUUUGAAUUGAACCAAAAUUUCUAUAAUUGUUCUGGAAUUGAUGGCUUCAAGUUGGGAGUUUCAAGACCUUACAUUGGUGGAUAUUUUUUAACAGUUGGUAUAGUUUUGAUGAUGAUCUAUGUCCCGUGCUUGAUUGUGAUUUGCAAAAGUGAUUUAAUGAAGUCAUCAUGCUAUAAAAUAAUGGUCUGGCUUGGAAUUCUCGAUAUAUGUUGCAUUUUCGUCAAUUCCAUCGCUACCGGUUUCCUUGGAAUAAAGGGAGCCACGCUGUGCUCCUAUCCACUUUUCAUACUCUCUAUGGGAGCACUUGGGUGUGGAUGUUGGAUGGGAUCCUGUGCUACUUGUGUUCUUUUGGGAAUCAAUCGAUGUUGCGAUGUGAAUCAUAAUCUAAAAAUGAGGACUAUUUUCAUUGGGAAAAAAUUUUAUUUGACGCUUUCCGUACCGAUUAUUUAUACAAUUUACGCGAUUUUCUUCACAAAAACUGCAUCGUUCAAUUCUAACUACAUAAGCUGGUUUUUCAAUCCACUGCUUCCAAACGGAAGGGAGGCGACCGACUACGUGAACAUCCAACAUGCCAUAAAUAAUUGUAUUGUUUCUGGUGCCACUACUGCAAUUUAUGUCUACCUCUGUGUAAUUCUUUUUGCAAAAAGCCGUUUUAUUCGCUCUGAAUCGAUGUCAAAAACUCAGAAACAGAUAUUCUUCCAAUCCGUCCUGAUUUGCUCAUUCAACGCUAUCGCUGCCUACAUCUAUGUCUACAUGCAAUUUUUCUCCGCGUCACCACUGGUGAUUCUUGUUGGACAAAUCGGAUGGCAAUGGUCUCAUGGCUCUGUUUGUCUAAUCUACAUCACAAUGAAUCGGACCGUCCGUCGCGGGUUCAUCGAUCUCUUUGUGCCAUUGUCAAUCCGCACAAAACAUAAAAUUGGCACCUAUCGAAAAGAGGUCAAUUUGAAAUCGUUGGUUGGAACGGAAGGAAAGUCGAUAGCUCCAACUCAGGGAACCAGUUCAGAAUCGUAUUUUUAA